AUGUCGGAAGCCAGUCUUGUGCAGGCUGAUGCCCAAGUGGAGGCACCUGCAGCAACCGUGACCGCGGACAGGGUCAACGACGUAUUGUUGGACUUCGGAUUGGACUCCAUGCAUGCAAGCUCUCAUUUGCUUUGCCUGGCUUCUCCCGUGUUCGACCGCAUGUUGGAGAGCGGCAUGAAGGAAGCGCAGCAAAGCAUCAUCAAGGUGGAGGUGGCCAGCAAGAAGGAGUUCACGGUUUUCUAUGACUUGCUUCGGCCGACGGCAUGGAGCAACGAUAAAGUAAUCGAAGCGAACGUUGAUUCGCUCCUUACACUCAGUGACUAUUACCAAGUCACGGCCAUCAAGCAAGCUUGCGAACAGCUGCUGCUUCGUCUUCCGCCCUCGGGAACCCGCCUCCUGCAAGCACACAAGCAUGGCCUCCCAGAGCAGUACCAAAGGUGCGUGGGUGAGUUGGCCAAGCAAAGCACGAAGGAGGACUUGGAGGUACUCCGCCAAUCCGAGCCGGACAUCCUCCUCGAGGUGGCCCUCAGAAAACAGGAUGUCUUGAACCCGCUCAUGAGGAUGGGGAACGAGCUCAUGGGGAUGAAGGAGGAGAUCCUCCAGUGCAAGCCCUCCGUUGAUCGGCGGGUGCCAAUCUAUUCGGCUGAUGCCAUACAGGCAGGUCUCAGAGUCCCCUACGACAGCGCCAAUAAAGUAUAUCAACUCUGCCAAGCCCGGUGCUUAUUGCAAAACUGUCUCGACCGGGUGCUCCAGGCAUUGCAGUGA